CUACAGAAAAUAGGUUAACGGUCUCGGUUCUUGUGGAGAUUGCAGAUACCAGGCAGCAAGACUGAAGACAAAAAUAAUCUGACAUUGAGUUAGUCCUCCAUGGCGGUAUUUCACACUGUACUGCAGCAGUUUGACACAUUGGUGAAUCGUCAUUUGCAUCAACAAAGAACGGUGCUUGCACGAUUUUGUCGUAAUGGUAAAUUUAAUUUUGUAUAUCCAAAGUACAACAUGCGUCUGUGAGAACUUGUGAAUAGUAAUACUCGUACUGGUUUGACAAAAAGUAGUUAGGUGGCAGGUCCGGGAAGUCAGACAAAACAUUCCAGAAAUUACUCCCAAAACAAAAACUUUAAUUAGCAUCUAGGAGCAUUAAUAACAAUAACAGAGAAGCAAGAAUGAUUUGUGGUGAAUGUGUUGUGCCCGCCUAUAAGCACCAUCUUAAAAAAAUGGAUGAGAACGUAUUAUGUUAUUUUUCUCGUGGGAUUUAAAUUGGGCUUUGCUACUUAAAUCACUUUGCUACUGAAGCAUGUGAGUGGGGGAGGUGGAAAAAGGUCUCUGGCGCCCUCCCUCAGCUCGCACACACAGUCCGCAGCUCUUUUUCUCCCACAUUCAAACAUGGCGAAAGUCUUGACGACCAGACCGUCACCUCCAUCCUCCUCACCUUCAUCCAAACAACCGCCGCCGAGAUCUGAACCCUCCUCCUCAUCUCCGGCACAGUGAUGACCCGGGAGGAUGGAGAAGUUGUCGGCGAGCCUGUCGGAGAUCUCCUGGAGCCCGCUUGCGCUGCCGUUGGACGCGGUGGUCAGCAAGUUCCGUCUGCCCACUCUGGUCCGCCUGGCCCACGGCGAAUGUGUUGAGGGUCUGUCAGAGGAUGACGUGGUUCUGCUCCACUCCUGCCGUCAGUGGACCACAGUGACCGCUCAUAGUUUAGAAGAAGGCCAUUACGUCAUCGGGCCCAAGAUUGACAUCCCUCUACAAUACCAAGGAAAGUUCAAAUUGUUGGAUGAAGACAGAGACAUCAGGGAUCCCGUCCAGUAUUUCUCCAGCGUGGAGGAGGUCGCCGGAGUGUUCCCCGACCGAGUCUUUGUCAUGGAAACAAUCACUUUCAGCAUCAAGGUGGUUUCGGGGGAGUUCAGCGAGGACAGCGAGCCCUACAGCUUCACUCUGCAGGCUGGAGAUGAGCUGUCGCUCAUGGGGAAGGCCGAGCUUCUAUGCGCCACGCCAACCAAGGAAAAGACGGGGCUGAGCGCACUGUUGAGGCGCCUGGGAAAGACUCCCCGAAGUAAAACUCCCUGCCUGGUGUGUAUGAACCAUCGCACCAAUCAGAGCCUCAGCUUGCCUUUUGCCUGCCGCGGACGCUUUUGCACACGCUCCCCUUUGGAGCAAGGCAUGCUGGGCGGAGAGCACACGGUGCGCAGCAUCAUCGAGCGGGUGCGCCUCCCCGUCAACGUGUCCGUGCCAUCGCGGCCGCCGCAAAACCCCUACGACCGCCACGCGGUACGAGAAGGCCACCGCUUCAAGCUGCUCAACAUCGUCAGCAAGACGGUGGUGCUCUGUAUGGUCCUUCGCCGACAGGAAGUGUCGCCCUCCCACUUCCUGCUGCUACGCUGCAUGCCCCGGUUCAACGUGGCCGACGCCUCCGCGCACGCGGCGGCCGUGGAGAGCCUGCUUUUGCGCUACGCCUUCGACCCCGACGCCUACUCUCGAGCUGUGAGGGAAACCCGUCCCGAGUUGGAGUGUAUGACGGAGGAGUGCGUGAGCCCGCGACGCUCGCGCACGUGUGUGUCGGCGCAGGACUCGUUGGCGCCGGCCCUGCAACGGCUGUCAAUGUGCAGCUACGGGGGCGGGGUCUCGGACAGCCUAUCGGAGCGCUGCGGGGACUCUCUUGGGGUCCGGCUUGGGGAGGGACCAGGUGAGAAGAGAGAGUAUGUGACCCCUGAGUGGACCGAGGCUGAAAUGAGGACCGCUGAGGAGAUACCUUACGAGGAACUUUGGACCAGUCAGAAUGCGGACGGCCUUGGAAAGGAACCAAACCUCAUUUCCUUCCAUUCCUCCUCCUCAAUGGAUGGGUCUCUGGGCACCGUGGUGACAACAGUGACCGCUCCACCGCCAGUACCGCCAAAAUCUGAUGCUGUGAGAGAGGAGUGUCGCUACUUGAUUGCUCCUCCAGUCCCUCCUCGUGGCUCUAAAGUGGGCUCCAUCUCCAGCUCGGCUCCCAGCCCUCCUGUCCCCCCUCGCUUCACCAAGGCCUCCACUUGCUCCAGACCUCAUCUUUCCUUCUACUCCUCAGGACUGCAGGACAGCUGCUCGCCCUCUCCAGAUACUUCCCUGUACUGUUACCCUUGUUCCUGGACCGACUGUCCCGCGCCCAACCCCACCAAUCCGGAGCCAGUCUCGACCAUCCCCACUGACAAUGCAACCAACCCUCAGACGGCACAGGCCACCUGGGCCGAGCCGUGGAUGGACUGCUUCGGCGCCGGGCCUCGACUGAGACCUCCGCCGCCGCAAAGUCGCUUUGCGCCUUUCGGUGCUUUGAACCCUUUCAACCGCCAGUCGCCUUGCCCGUCGCCUGAGCUGGCGGACAGUCCGGAAUCUUCCAGAGGCGCGGAGGGAGGCGGGACAAGUGCAGGCGCGACCGAAGGCUCGGCCGCGCCCGCUGACUCGACCUGGCGCCCCCCAGCCGACUUGUCCGCGCUGUCAUUGGAGGAAGUGUCGGCCUGUCUGCGCUUCAUCGGCCUGUCGGAGGCCGCGGUGGCCAUAUUCCAGAGGGAGCGAAUCGACGGGAGCCUCUUAGUUCAACUGACUGAGGACAUCCUGUCACAUGACUUUCACCUGAGCCGACUCCACGUCACGAAGAUCACCCAAUUCAUACAAGGGUGGAGGCCCAAGAUCUAACACCCGCACCAAUUCCCUGUCGACCAAUCCAAAUCACUGCAACAAGUGUGACAUCAUAUGGUAUCAGUUAGGUACGAAUAACCCUCCACAAUAAAAACAUAGAAAUCGCAUAUCAACCUGAACCAAACUAUACGACUUGGUGCAAGCGGGGUGAGAAUGUGCCUUCUUAGCCAUCGUUAAUGUGCCUUCUACUAUGACCAAGUGAGACUUGAAUGAAACCUCUCCUACCAACUCUGCAGCAGACACAUCAUUGGCUGUGGCAUGCAGACCCGUUCCUGAAUCCCUUAUUGGAACUGGUUUACUAACAAAUAGCAAUGACAUACGGUCAAAUAUGCACAAUGUCAGAAGAUGCCAAAAGACGUAGACACACAUGCGGGCAGUGCAUAAAGAAUGUGUGAAAAGUUACAUGGCAUAUUGGAUCCUUCCAUACACAAUGCUGGUAACAAAUGAAGUUAUCUUGACCCACAGUAGAGGAUCUUGACGCCAUUCAAGUGGCCAAAAGUAAUUUACAGCCUCCUUUUUCAGACAAUUAGAAUCCUUCAAAAUAGCUUCGAGGUUUUGUGCCCAUCUAUUGAAAGAUAAUUAGAAGCCAUCUACAAUUCAUAAAAUCAAUACAUUUGCAGUAUUCUCUGAUGGGCGGCAUUUUUUUCUGGGGGGGGGGGCACUGUAGGUUUUUUUUUUUAAUUUUUUUUUUAACAUUCCCUCUUUGGAUAACACACACUGUUGUUCUGUUUGUAGUCGUGUGUGAAUGUUCACUGCCUCAAAAAUAGAGUUUCUAAAAUGUACCUCAGAUUAAUUUGAAACGCUUCAUGUAGUCAUGCAAACAAUGAAUUAAAUCAUGCUUGGUUACAAUGCA